UUUGAGGUUAGACGUCGCAUCAUUUUGAUUUAAUAUUGUUUUUCUUGUGUAUUAUGUAGCAUUCGCUAUAUAAAAUGAGUCCUCCAAGCAAAGAAACUGAAGAGCCUUCGUCCAGCAGUGUAGGAGUAGGAAGCCAAGUAGGUGGUAGCGGCGACGCAAACUCGUCGGACCAACGACCGCCCGCCAAGCGGCAAAUUUCCGCAGCAGUUAUAGAAAUAUCCGAUACCGAUAGUGAUGACUCCGAUGUAUGUGCCGUUAAUUCAUACCAGGCUUCAGCUGAUGAAGUUAAAAGAAUUCGGCGGGAGUAUUCCUCGUCAUCAUCAUCAUCCGACUACAGCUCUGAUUCGGAGUCUCCCUGGGAGGAUGACUCUGUUGUUAUAGAAGAUAAGAUUUCAGAGAAGGUAGUUAGGACACAGCUUAAUACUAGAGCUAAUAGAAUGGAUGAUCCUAAACUAAGCCCUGCUUUGAAGUCACAAGAAGUUAUAGACAAAGUGAAAAAACAUUGGGAAGAGGAAAAAGAUCAUACAAGUGAUGAAGUUAGCUUAACAUGUAAACCUUUCCGUCUGUGCCGCCUUCACGGGCUUCUGGAAAAUCCAGAUGUCAUAAACAAUAUUGUCGAUGAUAUGAAUACACUAGACUGGUCCAGAAAGAAGAUGGACCUGUAUGAGUUCCAUCAAACAACAGAUUUAGCGAAUCUAACGUGGCAGCGAAGUAUUAGAGGAAUCUAUGAAAUGUUGAAGACUGAAAUUAUGAGUUGGGUUUCACAAGUUACUGGAUUAGAACUGACGUCGGUAUCUGCUUCCUGUUCACUUUAUGGUCCGGGGGACCACUUGCUGGUACACGACGAUCGGCUCGGAGACAGACGCGUGGCCUUUAUCAUAUACCUGGCGCCCUGGUCGCCGCGGGGGCCUCCCGCCCACGCCGCGCACAAUGGUGCCGGGCACGGGGAUUUCCACGACAAACAUGAGCCAGAGGAGGUGUCGGGCGAGGGCUGGGCCGCGCACAUGGGCGGCGCGUUGGAGCUGUUCGAGUGCGACGCGGAGGGCAGCCCCACGCGCGUCGCGCUGCGCUCCUUCCCCGCCAAUAACACGCUCGCCUUUUUCACCGUCGGGCCGACAUCUUUCCACCAGGUGGGCGAGGUGCUGUCGCUGGAGCUGCCGCGGCUGUCCAUCAACGGCUGGUUCCACGGGCCCGCACUGGCGCCGGCGCCGCAGCCGCAGGCGCCGCCCCGCGCGCUCGCGCCGCAUUCGCGACCGGUCCUGCUGAACCAGUGGGUGGAGAGCACGUACAUGUCGCCGCGGGUGCGCGCGCAGGUGCAGGCCCAGAUGGAGCGCGCCAGCGAGGUUUGUCUGCGGGACCUGCUGCAGCCUGCGCGCUGUCAAACCCUGCUGCAAGCACUGGCGUCGCCCGAGGUAGAGUGGGAGCUGUGCGGACCGGCGCAGCAGCGCCGUUACUGGCGCGUAGCGGAGCGCUGGCUGGAGGAGCAGGCGGAGGUGGAUUGCGAAGCGGAGCCGCACGCGGUGCGCGGACUGGCCCGGAUCCUGAGCAGCACCGCCUUCAUGCGCCUGCUGGCCGAUUGUACCGAUCUUCCCUUGAGCUCCUACAGACGCCUCGAGCUGCAGCGCUGGGCACCGGGAAAUUUCACACUUCUGCCGCCGCGCGAGUUUUACCAGCAGCCACGACUCGAGGCCGUCCUGUACCUGGGCGUGCCGGAGCACCCGCUGUGCGGCGGACAGACGAUGUACGUGGCACCAGAGGAGGGAGGCGAGGCCGGCGAGGCUGGCGAGGCGGGCGAGGCCGGCGAGGCGAGCGAGGAGGGCGCGCUCGUGACUCUGCCGCCGCGUCACAACGCUCUCAACCUCGUGUACUGCGACGCGGGCGCCGCCUCCUUCACCAAAUACCUCAGCAAGCUCACCAUGAAGUCCGAUGAACACUUCUACAUAGUGACGUGUACUUACACCGAGUGAUAUGAACUGUUUUUGUCAGUGUCACUCGUGUUACUUGUGUCAGUGUGUGCCCGUACUGUACCGUACGUGUGUCCGUACUCGCGGUACGUGUCGCGGGUGUGACGGUACUGUGGAGAGUGACGUGAUACGUAUACGUAUUAGACGUUGAGGAUUCAUCAAAGAGAAAUGAAAAGAGACUUCGACAAUCUAAUAUUACACUAAUAUGAAACCAGGACUGUUAUUUUAUAUUUUUAAUUUAUGCUGAUAGAUGGAAAUGUAAUAUUUGUAACAGGAACUUUCAGGAUUUGCAGGACAAUUUCUAAAGAUGAGGACUGAACCUCUUGAUUAUCACUGAUUUUGUUAGCUUGAGAAUAUCUUAGAAUUGUUUCAUUAUUUGAAUUACAAACCCUUACCAGCUCUUUCUAUUUAUAGAUAACAGGUAUUCCAUAUUGUCAAUUACAAACUUCAGAUUAAGAAAAUAACUAAAAAAUUUGGAAUCAUAACAAGAGGCUGGUGUGAUGUCUACAGGGUUGCUGAUUGCUUAAAUAGAAAAAUGUCAAAGAACAAUAUUAAUGCUCUAGCUUCUUCUAUACUUCCAUUUAGCUCACUACAGUUUAUCGGUUAUAGGUGUCACAAGUAGGACAAUGCUUCCCUAACAAAUAUUUAGUAUCUUCUUUCAAAUAAACUUAUUAAAACCAGCACUAGUUUAUGCUCUAAAAUUGAUGUCAUACACGUUCACUCUGAAUAUUUUAAACUAUUCAUGCUCUGUUUCUUGAACAAUGGCAUUGAAAUAAAGGCUGCUGGGCUCGUAAAUACAAAAAGUAGACUGCAUUAGAUUAGGCAGGUAAAUUAUCCUAAAAGAUGACCAUUUAUUUUUGAAGCUGGGACUUCACAUUUAAAAUGUUAUUUGGUAUUGGUUUGUUUGCCUAGGCAAAGCUGCACUAUGUUUAGUACUCUCAUUUUAAUGCAAAUAUGAAAGUCAUGAAGGGCUUACAAGCAGAAAUUAGUUGUGUUGAAAGGCCAUAAUUUUUUAUCAGAUAACUCGAUAAAUAAACUUUGUAGCUUCAAUGACAUCCUCGUUACAUGUCUCUCAAGUUCAUAUUUCAUCACCAGCCAGGCAGAUGUCAGACCAUUAUAAAUAAUGUGCAAUAAUUAUUAGAAAACAAAGUACACUAGAUUUAUAGAUAUUAGUAUGGAAAAUAAUAUUUUUCUAUUCAAGUGUGUAGCCAUAAACUGUUUUUGAUAUUGUCAAAUCAAAUCUGUUGUUACAAUUUAUACAAAAUCUAUAAUAGGAGUUGAUCAGGCAAGUCCUUAAAAUGAGAAAUUUAAUCAAUAGACGAAGCGUACUUGCUUUGCACUGCAGCGAUGCAGGCAGUAUGCAGAGAACCGGCUGACUAUAUGGUUCAGGAACCACUGGGAAUUUAACGGACACUCAUAGUAGCUAUUUAUUAUAGAACUUAUAAGUAAAAUUAUACAAUUUUUUGAAUGGCAUAAUCGAUUGAAUGUUUUAUUGACCUCGUACAAAUACGGUAAAAGGCUAGUUGUUUAAUAUUUAUCAGUUUUACUAAUUGUACGGUGCCGACUCCUUUGUGACAUGAUCACUGAUGGAACUCACUCCGUAAUGGGAUGUGUCCAAUACUCAGGCAUUAAAACUAAACCAAGAGCAUAUAAAAACUAAGAGAAACUUAGUUACUUUGCCUUCCUAUAGUUUGUCUCAUUUAAUAUUAUGAAUGCUUCUUGGUGACUAUGGGGGCUGUUUUUGUCUAUGUCGUCCACGAUUACUAGAUCUCAGCCAGACAGACAAUAAAAUUGUGUUUUUGGUUUAAAUUGCUUUGCGGGGUUUUAUCCGAAUGAGUAUUAAUGGUUAUCGUUAUCGUUCGAUGAGUGCACGAUGUUAAAUUUACCAAAAUAUAUUCGUUGGAUGGUUGUCGCUCCACAGCAAGGCGAGUGUUGCCGACUGCGAGUUGCUGCUCGGAGCGGAGUGGGAACCUCAUCCCGGUGUAAUCCGCUUAUACUGAUGAGUGAUAUGAAUCGUAUUAACAUAAUAUGUAUGUUAAUUAAUUUACUUAUCUGUAUCUUAUUGAAUUUUUUUCUAUGAUUAUUUCUGUCGUUUUCCUAUUUACGGUAUCAAAUGUGAUGAUGUCGCCUGGGCUCCAGAGUUCCGGCCGGUGCGGCGGCUUUCUCUUAGGUCUUUGGCGCUGAGCACAUUACGCAACCUGUCAAUCGUUAAAUGAAGUAGAAAGGGUGAUCGUUUCAUCGUCGGACGACUGUGACCGGCAUGCGACCCCACUAUCGAUAUCAAACCAAUAUGUGUAUAUAUAUUAUACUUUAAGACUUUUGGUUUGGUUACAACUCUUUUGUACCUAUAGCCUUGUUUAAUUAUCAAAUAAUAUAUACAUAAAACCGAUUUAAAUAAGUUAAUUAUAUCGAUAUUGACAAUAAAAUUUACUACGAUUUUCUGUUAACAGAUUCAAACUAUAACUUAGUUUUUCUAUUUGUAAAUAUUAAUUUUCAUA